CACUGAGCUUCACUGCAGCAUUCUGAGCCGGUGUAUCUAGGUCAAUGUUGCCUUGACUUUGGAAUGAUAACAAUUGGCUAGUUUCGUCAGGCGAGGGUCACCUUCUGGCUACAUACAUGUAUCUACGGGUAUGAUAUCCGUGUUGAGACGCGUCACAAGCAGUUCAUCCUUGUUUGUGACUCGGCGUUAUAUUUAUACUUCUUUUGUGACCGGAUUUUCCAAGAUGGCGGCCCCAAGCCCGCGCUACACACUUUACAUGUCGGGGACAUCAUACUACGCCCAGAAGGUUAUGAUGGCACUGUUCGAGAAAAAUGAACCAUUUGUGGAAAAGUUAGUGAACCAACGUAUAGACGACAACUACGAAAGCUGGUACAUGAAGCUAAACCCGCUGGGGAAGGUUCCAAUUAUGGAGGACAGAGGGAAGAUCAUCCCCGAAUCUGACGACAUCAUCGACUACCUUGACAAGGAAUUGCCUCAAGCACCGCGCCUUGUACCUGAUCCGUCGUCAGACCUCGGCCGUGAGGUGGCGCACUUCAGGAAGCUGCUGGACGUCAGCGUGGGCAUCAUCGUCCACGGCCUCGCCUACAACCCCAACCUCUCCCCUGACUACACCGCCGUGAAGACACGGGGAGAGCUGGAUGAGAUGUUUGCUGGUAAAAUCGCAAAGCUUGAGAAACUCGCCACUGAACACCCCGACCUGAGAGACGCCUACCUCGCUAAGAUACCGCCAUUACAGAAGAGGAAGGAAAUGUGCAGUAACCCGGAAGUUGUUCAAAGGUCACUUGAUGACCUUCAGACGACCUUGGAUGAAGUCGAGGCCAAAUUGGUGAAAGGUUCCCCCGGUGAGACGUGGUUGCUGUGCAGCGACUUGACCGUGGCGGAUAUUUCCCUGGCAGUGCUGCUCCGACGUCUGGCACUGAGUGGUCUGGCCUCCGUCUAUUUCUCCCCCACCCUGAGGCCGGCACUACACAAGUACUGGCUCCGCCUACAGACUCUCCCAGCAUACAGUCGGCUGGGGGACAUCGCUGUCAAGUACGGCGUCCAGGCGUAGUUACAUCAUUACAUGUACUACCGACACAUCAGACACCAUGGGUGUGGACACGUGUAUCAGGACAUUGACCAGACUAAGAUCUCAUUACGUAGUCAGGAAGAUACAGUCCCAGUAACCUUAUCCGGAUUUACAAAUCAUUGUUACGAAGUAAUGUUCUUUUGUGUACGUGUCUGUGUGUGCGUACAUAAGCGUGCUUUAGUUCGCAUCAAGUCGGGUCUAACGGGAUUAACGCCAAGUGUAUAGCGCGUUAUUAUAUACGAGAUAAGAUAGCUCACUGCCUUCUCUGGACACCCACUUACGGCUACCAUCGGAUUGGGCGGAAUCACUUCCUCUUAAGUGCGAGGCAAAAAAAAGUACACACGAAGUCUUGAAAAUUGGAUUUGAACAAACAAUUACAAACGUUUAUUAAAACUUUACUGGGCUGAAAACAGCCGACGAAACACUGCAGCAUGCAAUCUUGAGGUGCACAUCACAACGGGUUAUUUGGUCUGCAGCCAGAUAUUGACAGUGACAUUUCACAAUUAUCGGGGUAGUAAAAAAGUACAUAUCAAGACUGACACAUAUUGUAUGAGGUGAUAAAACUACAAAUGUAUAUUGACUCUGUUUUAUGUUCUGAAAGGGGAUUGUAAAAUUCGGUUUAUUGGCGGUUUGUAGCAGACGUAUUGUUUUUACUUAACCUACUAACAUUAAAUGGUUUAGUUGGAACUCUGAAGUCCUUCCCCUUCAUGAUAAAAUGAGAACAAAUUUAAGAUUGUGACCCUGCGAAUAUCGUGCUCCAUAAGUGUAUGGUGAGAAAGUAUAUCGUAUGCCGUGGACAGUUUCCAGAUAUGAGGAUUGACAUCUUGAAGUGAGUCUGUAUUUUAUCAGUUGAAGCAUCGUAGACUACAAUAAAGUUGCCAGUAAUUUA